GAGCCAAAGGGAAAUCAAGUGCAUAGCAACCGAGCUUAUGCAAGUUAACCAGAAGGAAGGGGAGUCCUUGAGGGAUUACAUGCAGCGGUUCAACAAAGCCACAUUGGACAUUGAUAAUGUCCCAGACACGAUCUGCCUGUCCGCCCUGUUGCAUGGGUUGAAGCGUGGCCGGUUCCUAGACGACCUGCUUGAAAACCCACUGAAGACGUGGAACGAGGUGAAUGACAGGUCGGCCAACUUUAUACUGUUAGAGGACUUUCAGUCGUCCAAGCGACGAGCUGAUGAUAAGCCGAGCAGAGGCCAAGAACAACAACCAAGAAGAGAAGAAAAGAAGAAGCAGAAGCACUGGGUUCGGAGACCUCCACCCCCACUACAUGAUUCCCCGAGGGCAGAUAAGAGCAAGCAUUGUGACUACCACCGUGUAUAUGGUCACAAUACCAAGGACUGCCAACACUUGAAGGACGAAUUAGAGUUUUUGGCUCGUAACGGGAAGCUAGAAGGGUAUGUUCAGAAGCCUCACACCCAGCAACCCACUCAAACCCAUUUUGUGCAGGCGUAUGACCGACCUCAAGGACAGAGAUACCAGCAUGGGGGGACGCAAGAUGCAUAUCAGGAUAACCAGUAUUCUUCUGAACAGAGCAGAGCGUACCGAGGACGUCCUUUCAACAGGAGAGGGCAGGGACCGAGAACCACUGCCCCGAAUCAAAAAGACAGAAAAGGGGUAGGCUACGCUGGGAUACCCCCACCUUCUGGUACAAUAAACAUGAUAUCAGGUGGUGUUCACUCUGGGGGCCAAAGCGCCCGAGCUCGCAAGGCAUAUGCCCGACAGGUGAUGAUCGACAACAAAAACAGACCCUUGAAACGGCCGUUUGAGGAAGCAGAAUGGGAAAAUACGCCCAUCACAUUCAGCCCGGCAGAUUACAAGCGAGCAGAAGGAGAGCCUGACAUUAUGAUGCCCCAUGUAGAUCCCUUUGUGACAACAGUUCAUAUAGGCAAUCAUAAUGUCAAUAAGGUGUUUAUCCUGUAUUGGGGUUGCUUCCAGAAGAUGCAGCUAAAUCCGAGCUCGCUGCAGAAGCACGAAGGACCAAUAUACGGGUUUGAUAACCAGCCCGUCCCUAUUGAGGGAGUUAUUACUCUUCCCAUAUAUAGCCACACUAUGCGAGCUGAAGGCUGUUAUCUCACAGCCCCACCUCUGUAUGAAGUUCCCAACUCCUCAGGGGGUAGGAGUGCUGAAAGGAAAUCAGAAGAUGGCUAGAGCCUGCUAUCAAGACACGUUCAAGAAAGUCGAGCUCGCUGC